AUGUCAACUCAAGACCGAUUGGGGCGUAUGCUGUAAGGUUUGAAGGGAAAUCAAAGAUUGUGUUUUGCGCGCCUUUCUUCCAACUGAACUCAUUAGAUGAGGUAAAAGCUGAGCUUGAUUCAUUUCCUCACACACAGAAAGAUUUGAACUGGAUGAGAAGUAGAGGCGAGAGAGUCUUUCAUGAAAUGACCCACUUAGCGAUCGUUGAAAACCGUUAUCCUCGUAAGUCUAGACAUCGCAACAAAACCUUGGAACUAAGAAGUUAAUUACUCCCAGGUCUUGUGACAGACCUUCCGGCGAAUCCCGUUGACGGUCUUGGAUUACUUGUCUAUGGGCCACGAAUGACCGAAAAUCUAGCUAGCAAGUUUCCAGACUAUGCUUACUUAAACGGUACUGAUAUGUAUCAAUCGAAAAGACGAGAUCAGGAAACUGACUAUGUGAUGUUGCUGUAG